ACCACCAUCAACAUGUACAAGCUGCUCCUGAUCGUUGCACCACUUUUGGCCUGCGUCCUGGCUGCUCCUGGACCAGGAUCAGAUGCAGAAAUCACACAAUAUGUAUCAGUGGCAGAUGAUGGUGGAUUUGCCUAUCAACUUGCGCUAACUGAUGGUACUGAGGUCAGCCAGGAGGGACAAGGCGGUCAUCAUGUUAGCGGAUCUUAUAGCUAUCUGUCACCCGAGGGAUUGCCCUUCUCUCUUACUUAUGUGGCCGAUGAAAAUGGAUUCCAACCUAUAUCCGAUGCUCUGCCCACGCCACCACCUACUCCGGAUUAUAUUCUGAGAUCAAUUCGUUUUACUGAGGAGCAUCCCACAAAAGAAGAGUUGGCCGAUCGCGAGGUGCGCAAAUCCCAGAUUUAA